GACCAUCAGUAAUGUUUUAAUCGUAAUCGGAAUAGGAUCAAAAAAUAAUUAUCUAAACCUUUACCUUGACAAAAAAAUAACGAAAAUGGUCAGCCUCGAUGGUAUGAUGACCAUCAUGCGGAUGGCCUUGACCGCCGCCCCCAGUUUAACAAUAUUGGUCUUACUUCGGGAAAGUAUCAUCCAACAUCGUCCGGAUAUUCUUGAUGUCGAUAAUCGAGUUCGACCAAUUGAUAUUGACGAAAUGCGCAGCGAGUAUGAUUUUGUUAUAAUCGGUGGCGGUUCGGCGGGUUGUGCGUUGGCAUCGAGAUUAUCAGAAAAUCCCGCGUUCAGUGUUCUGCUAAUGGAAGCGGGACCAGAUGAACCACUUUUAACCGAUUUGCCGCAAUUAUUUCCACUUUUUCAGCGUGGUCCCUUCGAUUGGGCGUACACAACAGAACCUUCAGAUGAGUAUUGUCUGGGUAUGAUAAAUCAACGUUGUCGUUGGCCAAGAGGCAGGGUUCUGGGCGGAUCGAGUGUACUCAAUGCAAUGAUGUACAUUCGAGGAAACCGCAAGGAUUACGACCAGUGGGCUAGUUUGGGCAAUCCCGGAUGGAAUUACGAUAAUAUUUUGCAUUAUUUCAAAAAAAUGGAAGACGUCCGAGAUCCAAAAUUGAGAGGAAGCCCGUAUCAUGGUGUCGGAGGACCCAUAUCCGUGGAGCAUUAUCGAUUCCGAUCACCAUUGGCUGAUGUCUUUAUGCAUGCUUUGGGGGAGAUGAACAUGAUAAAUCCGUAUGGGGAUUUUAAUGGCAAGAGUCAGCUAGGUUUCACCUAUCCCCAUGGAACUUUGCGAAAUGGAUUACGAUGCAGUGCAAAUAAGGGCUACAUUCGACCUGUUUGGCAUCGAAGUAAUCUUCAUGUUCUAAUGAAUGCCUUCGUCCAUAAAAUAAAUAUCAAUCCUGAGACGAAGGUGGCUGAAAGUGUGACAUUCGAAUUUGAUGAUGAUGGCAAAAUGAGAUUUGUCAAAGCUCGAAAAGAGGUUAUCUUGUCGGCUGGAGCUAUCGCCAGUCCGCAGAUGUUGAUGCUGUCUGGAAUUGGACCUGCUGAGCAGUUGGAAGAAUUUGAUAUUGAUGUGAUUUAUGAUUCUCAAGGAGUUGGUUCAAAUCUGCAGGAUCAUGUUGCUGCUUCAGGUGUUUCGUAUACAAUAGACAAUAAAGUCACCGGGCACAAGCUUUCUCAACUCAUUCCACAGCUAAUGACUACACGAAACGUUCAGACAUUUGUGGAUAAGAAAGAUGGUUAUUUCUAUGCAUCGCCAAUUUGUGAGAUAAUGGGCUAUAUGAAUACGAAAUAUCAGGAUCCUAAAGAGGAUUGGCCAGAUAUUCAGAUGUUUUUGGGAUCAUAUGGAUACACUUCGGAUGGAGGUAUGAUUGGACGACUGGGUUCUGGAAUAAGUUUUGAGAAUUUUGCUGAUGUUUUUGAGCCAAUUUUGUACGAAGAUUCGUACAUGAUUAUGCCCCUGCUUAUGAGACCAAAAAGUAGAGGACGUCUAUUUCUGCAGUCAAACAAAGCUCGAAUUCAUCCAAAGAUUUUUGCCAAUUACUUUCAACAUCCUGAGGAUUUGGCUAGAAUUGUAGAGGCUUCAAAAUUUAUGCACAGUAUAUCGCAUACGAGGAUAAUGAAACAUUUAAAUGCGACUUUGAAUUUAUACUCGUGGCGUAACUGUCCAGAUGAAGAAUAUCUUAGCGAUGGAUUUUGGGCGUGUAUGGCUAGAUUUUAUUCACAAACAAUUUAUCAUCCAGUGGGAACAUGUAAGAUGGGUCCUAGAAAUGAUCCCUAUGCUGUGGUUGAUCCGAGACUAAGGGUUUAUGGAGUGAAAGGCUUGAGGGUUGUGGAUGCAAGUAUAAUGCCAAGAAUACCAUCGGGUAAUACAAAUGCACCAACUAUGAUGAUUGCUGAGAAAGCUGCUGACAUGAUAAAAGAAGAACAUGCGCAUUAUGGUAAUGGGUAUUAUUAGAGGAUCGAAUUUUUAUAUAAAAAACACUUCAGUGAUCUUAAAAAAAUAUUUUAGUUAUUAAAAAUUAAA